AAUGACUUCAGGUUCUUUUCCUAGUCUGCGUUUCACCAUCAUCUCCACCAUCAAUGUCAUCAAUGUCAUCAACAUCAUGAUCAUUAUCAUCUCCCUUCUUUCCCAGCAUCUACCUCUUUGAUCCAUCAUGCCGCCAUCCAUUGGCAAAUCACGGCUUUCCCUCCUCCAGCGCUUGAGCAGCCAUGCUCUCCGCUGCGUGUAACAUCCCACCAUGACCCAAGGCAACACCCUUGCCUUGGACAUUGUCACGCCCAAGAUAUGGGCUGAGCGCCACGCACCUCCUACUCUCGCGCUUGACUCCGCCGCUGUGCGCACACGUCAACUGCUCAAGCCUCCUCGCAAACAACGGUCCAAACCUGUCUCUGAUAAACGCCUUGACUUGAAAAAGCUGCGCGAUGCCCAAACACAGAUGCGUAAACUUCCUACCAAUGGCUCUCUCCUCGACCCUUUCCAUACUUUACCCAUCAAGUCCAACCCCCAAGUUGUCCAUGCAGCCCAAUACUAUUUUCAAGUUUGGGCUCCUCAACAUGGACGAGGCUUUGCAUUCGAAGGCUAUGCCAAUCCAUACCUGAGCCUUCUCUGGCCAUUUGCUCUACAGAAUGACAUCUAUUUCGAAGCCCUUAUCGCUCUGUGUCGUGCCGCCUUGUUGAUUUCUCUGGGCAGUCCUUCGCACAAAGAUGCCAUGUUCGUCACCCACAGAAACAAUGUCAUGAACAAACUCCGUCAGCGACUCCAGUGUCCCGAUCUAUGCGCAAAUGAUACCACCAUCCUCGUCGUCGCCACCCUUGGCACCAUCGACUACAUCCUCGGGGACCACAGUUCAGCUGGCACUCAUCUCUCCGGAAUGCGACAAAUAAUCAAAAUUCGAGGCGACCUCAAAUCUAACACGCCCUGGGAGAGGCUUCUUCAGACUAAUGUCGCCGCUUAUGAAGCCCUGUGGUCAUUUGUCCAAGCCUCCACCGUCACUCCACCGGCCCAGCCUCAAUCCCUCGAAACCACAAGUGAUACUCUGGAGAAAACCCAGCUCCCCAUCUACAUGUCUCACCCGUUUCCUCAAGAGGCGUGUGAGAUGCUCGCAAAGCUGCCCCGUGGAUUUUCCGACCUAGGUCUCACAGGCAUCCUGUCCCUGCAGAUCAUCCGCCUUUUGACCAUUUUCACUACCCUAGCCUCCUCACCGAGCCUGGCAGACCUCGACAAGGACGAAAAAAGCACGAUACAGCCCAAGAUCCGCAACCUGAUUGAGGAUCUGCACCGACUCGAAACCUUACAGGUCACCGAGAUGGAACGCUUUCUUGUCCACGCCCUAGUGUCGUAUUGCUUCCUGCUCCGCCAUGUCUUGUUCAACGACCUCAUCGACGGCUUCUAUGAAAGCGCUCUUAAAAGAAUCACCGAUGUGGCACUCGCCCAAAAGUCACACCUUCACCCGUCCGCCGAACAUAAGUGCUAUCUGUGGUGCUACCUCAUUAUUGGCACCACCUUGCAGCUCGCCGAGGUCCCGCCUUGUGAUUGGCCUUCUGUCAUGCCCAUUUUGCUGGACUGCUACCCAGAGGGUAGGGUCUGGAAGUCCUUGCGAGCUGAGAGUGCGGCUUUCUUCUGGCCUGCGAGUAUCGAGAAUCUCGCGCAGAGUGCCUUUGACCAAGCCAUGGCCAGGAAGUGCCAAGUGGGCAACCAUAGCACCGUUAAGCGCAGUGGCCACAACACCAUGGCGAUUCGCAAUGUUAUCUCAUAAAACAUGCCAGAGCAGGACAGCAAAAUGAAAGGGUGGGUUCAAGAAGAAACAAGGUUAAUCAUACACCCUGGAAAGGCUCUACUAACGAGCUAGACGAAUCACACAAGAAAACUUUCCAACGCCUAGGCCCCAUACAUAACAACUUGCACACUCCCCGAGAGAUGUUGGCAAGAUCUAACAAGUCAUUAAUGCGUCAUCAGUGAGAUUGUGAUAUCUCUGUUCCAGCUCGCUCUGUACCGGCCGAGCAACCAAAUGUCCUCACCGUCCGAAAUCCACACCCCCAGCAGCGCCAUCCAACAGGUCAUUACACGCCUUUGAGCAAUUGUCUUACACCCUUCAAUAUGUCUCCUCGAGCUCCGUGCUCCAAGCCGCAUCACUGUCAUCUAUCCUCCGUGCUUUUUCAUCCGAUACUUCACGGAAUUGAUGAUGGCCAUGGUGCUGCUGCGAAUGCGGGUUGUUAACAUGCAUCCGCAUCUUGGCUGGCGGUGGCCCCAUGGUUCCUGCAAAGUUGCCAUGGCCGUGCGCCGUCACCGGCCGGAUACCGUUAAAAUUGUGGUUCAUCCCCAACGCAUUUGUGGUUGACACAUGAGCCGUGUGUGGAUGAUUCUGCGAUUUAGAUUGGUAGACGUCGCGAAUAUCCCUCUCAGGUUCCACCUCGGAUCCAUCCGAGAAAGUCUCCCAAUUCUCGGAACCGGAUGCCGUCGUUCCCGUUGUCAUGUUGGAGGAUGAGUUUGAUGCUUGACGAGAUGCUGUUGCGAGAGACGCUGGAGCCGAGGGAUUGUGACGAUGUGACACACUUUGACUAUGUGACGAAGUCUGAGAUGAUGGAUAGCUCCGCUGAUUAUGGCUCUGAUAGUACUGGUCAUGGAGCUGGGGAGGGGGUUGCUGAUAUCCAAGUACUUGCCUCUGUUGUUGGUCGCGUUGGACGAGGGACGCAGACAUGUAUGACAUUCUUUCGCUGUCGUUAUACACAUCUUCUGGGCUCGUAUGUCUCACAUAUCGACUGCUUUCAUUUGACUCGGAAGACAACGUUGACGCUGGUCGGGUUGAGGGGUUGAGAUUGUGUUGUUCUGUGGUCAUGGGCUGCUCUGGUGGAACGAACAAAUCUCGCAUUUUGGGAGGUGGCGCACGAGGGGGUCCCAUGCUUCUCGCCGUCGAAGCAUAGUUUUGGACCGGUUCUGAGGGAGGGCAUUGCAUGGCAGGCUGGGUUGCGUUUCGUCUUUCUGGAGAAUGGUUUCCGUUCUUGAGAUUACUCAAAGGAACUCGAGCGGGGAUCUUAGAGGGGGAUUUCUGAGAAGCUGGCGCUGUUCUUGUCGUAGAAGGCGCUGCCUGUUGUCUCAGCGUACCUGGUCGGCUUCCUGUGGGCGUCUUUGCAUUGGAUCUCGGGGCUGGCGCUUUCAUCACACUUGCAGGCCGUGUUGCUUGGGGAGCUUUGGCUGCACUGGCCUGUGUCUUCGUCGUCGUCGGUGCUGGGGCGGGAGUUUUGGUCCUGGGUGGAAGUCCGUUUGGAGUCUUUGACCGGGCUGGAGGAGCUUUGACCUCGACUUCUUCGAGCUCAUCAAGAAAUCGCUCUCCAUGGAUCAAGAAAGGUCGGCCAUAUUCAUCUUCGUACUUUUGCAAGGUCUUUGCCAGAUCCGCCGACA